AUGGACAUGCAGCCUCCAGAUCCAAGCCCCCUCUAUCAGCCUCCCAGAGCUACUCUAAACUCUCCUAUCCACCCUCUCCUCGGUGGGGAUCGGCAGAGCCAAAAUUCUUUCGGCCAAUGCCUCCUCGAAAGUGCCGCGAAUGAGGUCCACAUCCCAUCUUCGCUCACCCGGGAUGAUAAGAUUACCCGCACAAGCCCGACGGCGGCAGAGACGAGGAAAUGGAGGCUGGCAAUAGAAAAGAGGGACCUUUCUUUGUCUCUGCCUCUUUCCGCUUCUUGGUCGAAUGCUUCGUCGGCCGGUGGGUCGUCUUAUUCUCCUCGGUCACCGCUCUCCCGGUGGCUUCUCCCCCUCCGGAAGCCGUCGCCGGGCGUCCGCAGAGGCGGUGGAGGCGGAGGGGGAGGAGGAAAGGCGGGGUCAGGAUUGGGUCGUUUGGUGCGGUUGCCGAGGUUUUGCUGUAAGAAGAAGAAGAAGAAGAAAAAGGAGGAGGAGGAGGUGGGCCCUUCGGUUUCCGAGGUCGUGGAGGGGGAUGGGGCUGGGUGCAGGGGGAGUAGUAGGACGCUCUCCGUUUCUUCAGAUGGCGAGAAGCCUGAAGAGAUUUCUCUUAACCUUGGUAUGGGGCUAGGUCCUGUCUUCCUCCUGACCAGGUGUGCAACUGAAUUCAAACGAAUGACAGAGAUGCAGGCACAGAUGGAAUCUUUGCUAAAAGAAAUUACAAAUGAAGUUCUAAGGAAUGAUGUUAUUCAUAGCACCUUGGAGUCAAGUAAUCAUGCCACCUUUUCUGGACCAGAUUGCUCUGGUGAUGUACAUUCAAGCAAGGCUAGUCCCUCACAAAGUCACAUAGCAUCUUUUCAGCAGGAAGGGGCAAGAUGUGCCAUUGAACCCGAUGUGCAGUCAAAUUAUGCGACUAUUUCUGAGAAUAAAAGUUGCCUAAAGAUGGAUCAACUGGAAGCAGAGAUUGAAGUUGAACCGGAACAUUUACAGCCUAACUUGGAGAGAGAAAAUUCAUCUGUACUUUGAGGACAACACAAAAUGGAGUUGGCCAGUGAGAGCAGUGAUUCUUCUGAAAGCUUCAGUUUGAGUCUCGGACAAAACAUGGAGCCUAAGAAAGAAGACAAUGGCGAAUCUUGUGAAGUUUCUGCACUUGAGCUGGAGAGAAGGUUGCAUGAGCCUCUACAUGCAAAACAGCGAGUGGAGAUAGCAGAGUUGGGAGUAUGCAUUAGAAUGCACCAAGAGGAAGCUUGUUGACAAAGAAGUUGAGUUAUGUAGGCUGAGGGACAGUCCAAGCCUUGCUUCACAUCACAAGGAUGAAACAAUAUGGUGCUAUGUUGGGAGUAAAAAGACACCUCCAAUUCUAGGUGAAGGCAUAUAGAAGAGAGCCGCUGAGCAUCACAGGUGAAUGUUUGCCUUCAAAUGAAAGGG